UUACUUACAGCAACCCUUUUGAUACUGAGUUUGGGGAGGGGGAAAUCAAAGGCCUCUCAGAACAGAAAGUCAGUGAGUUGCAUCAGUGGUGGCACAUCUUUCUAUUUUUCCUUUGCAGACGCUAAGGUUUACGUCGGUAACCUGGGCACUGGUGCGGGGAAAGGAGAGCUAGAGCGGGCGUUCGGGUAUUAUGGACCCUUGAGAACAGUGUGGAUUGCUAGGAACCCCCCUGGGUUUGCCUUUGUGGAGUUUGAAGACACCCGGGAUGCAGAAGAUGCGGUCCGUGGCCUUGACGGCAAGUAAGUGGUUCCUCAAGACUCCAGACUUCGCCCCCAAGUUUAGUCUACUCUCCAAGGACCUACAAGCUGAAAGGGCUCAUAGGGCACCUGUGUUGUUGACGUUUGCCAGUCAAUAAUGUAAUUUGCUCUUUGCAAAUAUUGAAGCAUUUUAUUGGUUUAGGGACAUCUAUCAGUAGAAGGGUAAGCAGGUAGCUGGUAUAAUCUUGUGUUACGCAUUUGCUGCUAUCCAGAUCAUACACUUUAGCCAUGUUCCUAAGUGCUUGUUACACUUUAGAUGGGUUUCCUUAUGUCCUCUUUUUGAAGUGAACUAUGCCAGUGUGCAAUUUGCUUACUGUUGAACUGACUGUCUUUCAGGUUAAUUUCUGGAUCUCGAGUUCGAGUUGAAUUAUCUACAGGGAUGCCGCGGCGAUCUCGGUACGAGCGUGCGCCCACCAACCGGCCCUUUGACUCCAACGACAAGUGCUAUGAGUGUGGUGAGCGGGGCCACUAUGCCUACGACUGCCACCGCUACAGUCGACGCAGGAGGAGCAGGUAAGCCUCCUUAACCAAUAAAUUAGCUUUUCUUAUUUUGAUAGUUGUCGCUUAUUUUUCAUUGUCUUGAUUAUUCAGUGUCUUAUGUAGAUACAAAAAAAAGUAAAGAUGAUGAUUAAACUAUCAUACAAUCUUGACAAACUGCCUGUGUCUAGGCUACCUGUUGUUGUUGCUACUUUUGUCUCUCCGUCAGUCACUUAAUCCCUUUUAAAAUAUGGAAAUACUUCUGAACUGUUAUGUGGGAUUUAUUUUGUUAACAACUCACCUGGUCAAAACAUUUCAGGUUUCGCCGUUUGAUUCAGAGUGUCACGAUCCUUAACGAUUUCAUGAGGCAUCUAGCAAAUUCCACACUUUCGAUCCUUCUAUGACCAUGGGGUUGAUCGAUCAGCCAGACCUCCCCUUCUCAAGCAACUGCCACUUCUAGCUGCACCUUAAAGAUUUCAUAGAGGGCUGACAAUGUACCAGAUGAUUUGGUUAUCAAUUUGGGCCUGGGGUUUUGUAAAGAGGACAACCUGGUAGACCAUGGUCCCGUCUAGACAAAUCGCCUUGCAUCUAUCAAGUCUCAAUCAAGCGAUUUGGCUGUCAAUACGAUCAUCAUCGUUAGAAAUCGAAGAACACGACUAGAUGCAGAGGUCGGCUGAUAGAUACUUCUAGAUCGCCUAGAUCUGCUAGAACCUUGGUCCAAAGUGGGUCACCCGGGCAAUCUUGCAAGGUUUAUUUCAAGUACCAAUUAAUGUGUUUUUAUCUCCAGUGUAAUGUAUGACUUGACAAUAACGUUUCUCUCUUCCACUCUACUAGAGAACUGAAAGGCCUGCUUUAAGCAGGAUACAUUAGCUCCAUGAACAGCUAUGUCUAUAUAGUGACUCCUUCUACCAGUACCAUUGCAUGUGUAAUGCUAAAUCUAAUUGAAUCCCCCUCUUUUUGUGUGUUGAUUUGAGCCAGUGUCAGUGGGCUUAGGAUGAUUGUUGUCAGUGGCCAGGUCAGAAGUAAAGGCAGACUGAGGCAGUGUUAUGUGGGGCUUCACGGGGCCUGUUCUGAACUGUCCUUCUUUCCCUCCCUCCCCCUCGUUUGGAUUUGGUUUAGGUCCCGAUCUCACUCCAGGUCCGGUGGGAGGAGGUACUCGCGCUCUCGCAGCCGGGGCCGUGGCAGGAGGUGAACACUUUUAUGCACAAUCCUUUCUCAUUCCAAAUGUGCUGUUGUCCAACUUCCUCAGAAGAGUGUCACAUCAAUCAUAGAUGGAGUUCGUCUGGGGUCUAUUCUUGGACCUCUUUUUUCAUAACUAAUAUGAUGAAAUACAAAUUAUUGUAUAUACACUGAUUGUACAAAACAUUAGGAACACCUUCCUAAUAUUCUGUUGCACCCCUUUUUAUGCUCCGAACAGCCUAAAUUCGUUUGGGGCAUGACUACAAGGUGUCAAAAGUGUACCACAGGGAUGCUGGCCCAUGUUGACUCCAAUGCUUCCCACAGUUGUGUCAUGUUGGCUGGAUGGCCUUUGGGUGGUGGACCAUUCUUGAUGCACACGGGAAACUGUUGAGCGUGAAAAACCCAGCAGUGUUGCAGUUCUUGACACACUCAAACUGGUGCGCUUGGCACCUACUACCAUGCCCCGUUCAAAGGCACUUAAAUAUUUUGUCUUGCCCAUUUACCCUCUGAAAGGCACACAUACACAACCCAUGUCUCAAUUGUCUCAAAGCUUUAAAAUCCUUCUUUAACCUGUCUCCCCCCUUCAUCUACACUGAUUGAAGUGGAUUAAACAGGUGACAUCAAUAAGGGAUCAUAGCUUUCACCUGUAUUCACCUGAUCAGUCUAUGUCAUGGUUCGCCAACCCUGUUCCUGGAGAGCUACCCUCCUGUAGGUUUUCGCUCCAGCCCCAGGUGUUACUAACCUGAUUCAUCUUAUCAACCUGCUAGUUAUUAGAAUCAGGUGUGCUAGAUUAGGGUUGGAGCAAAAACCUAUAGGACGGUAGCUCUCCAGGAACAGGGUUGAUCAGGAAUGGCACUGCAGAGUUUACCAGAACAGGUCUGAAUGUAUGAUAGCUGACAGCUUUGAUAUCUAUGUUCUAGAUCAAGAUCCUUCUCUCCACACCGCUCUCGUUCUCCUAGAAGAUCUAGAGCCCUUACCCCCAAGAGAUCAAGGUAAAUUGUAGAAAAAUGGACUUGCUUGAAUUAUGUUAAAGAUCCCACAUUGUGUAUAACAAUAACAUUGUUCACUUAUUUAUUAAAUGAUGGGUGUUGAUGUUUUCCCCCCCUCAUUUCUAUUUAGAUCUCGAUCAAAGUCCAGAUCAAGGUCUAGGUCACUUUCUCGUGCAAAGAACAGGUCAGAAAUAUAACUGUUUCAGUGCUCUGAUCAGCAUUUCAUUGCUAUUGUCAACAAUGCAGCUACAUAAGUUGAGUAAUUAACACUUAAUACAGCAGUUUGUGGCAAUCCCCAAAGAUUGCCACCACUGCAACAAAAUAAAAUGUUGUGUUGGUUUUGACCGUUUCGGCUAUUACAAUUUAGACUUGUCCCUAUCAAGGGAGCACAUUUGUCCCCUAGAUAUAUUACAUCACCUACUUAAGAGGUGUCAAACUCAUUUCAUGGAGGGCCUAGUGUCUACAGGUUUUUGGUUUUUCCUUUCAAUUAAGACAGACAACCAGGUGAGGAGAGUUCCUUACUACAUUGAACAAAAAUAUAAACACACAUGUUAAGUGUUGGUCCCAUGUUUCAUGAGCUGAAAUAAAAUAUCCCCGAAAUGUUAAUAUGCACAAAAGGCUUAUUUCUCUUAAAAUAUUAUGCACAAAUUUGUUUACAUCCUUGUUAGUGAGCAUUUCUCCUUUGCCAAGAUAAUCCAUCCACCUGACAGGUGUGGCAUAUCAAGAAGCUGAUUAAACAGCAUUAUCAUUAUACAGGUGCACCUUGUGCUGGGGACAAUAAAAGGCCACUCUAAAAUGUGCAGUUUUUUCACAUAAUACAAUGCUACAAAUGUCUCAAGUUUUGAGGGAGUGUGCAAUUGGCAUGCUGACCACAGGAAUGUCCACUAGAGCUGUUGCCAGAUAAUUUAAUGUUCAUUGCUCUACCUAUACUCUAACGUCGUUUUAGAGAAUUUGGCAGUAGGUCCAACCGGCCUCACCACCGCAAACCAUGUGUAACCACGCCAGCCCAGGAUCUCCACAUCCGGCUUCUUCACCUGCGGGAUCGUCUGAGAUGAGCCACCCAGACAGCUGAUGAAACUGUGGGUUUGCACAAACUGUCAGAAACCAUCUCAGGGAAGCUCAUCUGCGUGCUCGUCUUCCUCACCAGGGUCUUGACCUGACUGCAGUUUGGUGUCGUAACCGACUUCAGUGGGUAAAUGCUCACCUUCGAUGGCUACUGGCACGCUGGAGAAGUGUGCUCUUCACGGAUGAAUACCAGUUUCAACUGUACCGGACAGAUGACAAACAGCGUGUAUGGUGUCUUGUGGGCGAGCGGUUUGCUGAUGUCAACGUUGUGAACAGAGGGCCCCAUGGUGGGGGUGGGGUUAUGGUAUGGGCAGGCAUAAGCUACGGACAACGAAAACAAUUGCAUUUUAUUGAUGGCAAUUUGAAUGCACAGAGAUACCGUGACGAGAUCUUGAGGCCCAUUGUCGUGCCAUUCAUCCGCCGCCAUCACCUCAUGUUUCAGCAUGACAAUGCACGGCCCCAUGUUUGGGAUUCUCUGGGUCGACGUGUACGACAGCGUGUUCCAGUUCCCACCAAUAUCCAGCAACUUCGCACAGCCAUUGAAAAGGAAUGUGACAACAUUCCACAGGCCACAAUCUACAGCCUGAGCAACUCUAUGCGAAGGAGAUGUGUCACGCUGCAUGAGGCAAAUGGUAUUUGUUACCAACAGAUGCAUAUCUGUAUUCCCAGUCGUGAAAUCCAUAGGUUAGGGCCAAAUUAAUUUAUUUAAAUUAACUGAUUUCCUUUGUAAACUCAGUAAGGUCUUUGAAAUUGUUGCAUGUUGCGUUUAUAUUUUUGGUCAGUGUAAUUAGUGACCUUAUUUCAUCAAUCGAGUACAAGGGAAGAGCGAAAGCCCGCAGACACUCGGCCCUCCUUGGAAUGAGUUUGUCACCAUGUGGGCUAAAGUGUUGUUCACACUUCAUGCCUUAAUGCUCAAAUCAGUUUUGUUUUUCAAAUCCGUUUGUGAAUAGUGACUCUCCAAACAUCAAGUUACAAGUGACCAAAUAGGAUUUGUGUGUGUUCAGACAGUGGUCAUUUGCUGACAUGGCUACGCUAGUUGUUCAUAGUAACGAUGGGUGUGUACGCAGUGGUGUAGACUGAUUGGUGGUGGUGCUUCCUAUCACUCAAAAGUUUUGUAGCAAGCUAAGGUGACAACAAUGCCUGCCAUGGACUUCUUCCCAGUUGCUUUGAAUAUUCAAAAUCAUAGUGUAAGAACACUUUUAAAGCCUCAAAGAAUAAGGUGAUCCAACUUUCAAAACUAGUCCUUUUUGGCUAGCCACAGCAGUCAACUAACCAGCUGUUUAGCGUUCUAGUACAUUCACUAAUUUGUUUCUAAACAAUUACCAAGAUAGUUAGCUACAACAUCAUGUUCUUGUCAAACUGUCAACAGAGUAGCUAGCAAGCAACAAGAUAUGCCAAAUAACAUUCUAAAAAUCACCUUGAGGGCAAAUAAAUCAGAUUUGACCAUUCAGACACAAGUCGCAUGGCCAGCAAUCAGAUUUGGAUCUGACUUCAAACCACCUACGAAGGUGGUUUGAAAUGUGGCUUGAAAUAUCCAAUUCCAUGUGGCUAUUGAAUGUUCAGACUGCAGGAAAUAUAAAAGAUUCGAAUCAGAUAUGCAAAAAAAUAGGAUUUGAGUCACUUCAAACUGCCAAUGUGAACAAGGUUUUAGAAGUGAUCUUAACUCUGUUGUGGAGAUUUAAAAAAGAAGGGGGAAAAAUGAUGACAAACAUGAAAAGGGGACACUUUAAAUCUGAAUAAUCUGAACGUCUUGUAUGUUUACUUCUUCAGGUCUGGUUCUGUGGGCAGAUCCAAGUCUGGUUCCCCCACGAGGAGGUAAGCUGAAUUUUUGAGUCUGACCCCAAUUUUCUUUCUACCGUUCUCCUCUCUGAACAAGCUGUGGAACAGUUUGACAAUGCAUGGAUAAGCAGCAAAAUUAGACAAUGACAAUGUUGUCCAUGCGGGAGGGCAGUCAUUAUGCAUGGUUACAGUUUUAAUGGUGUAGAUGCAUGAUGGUUCAUUAAGUCAGGCUACUUAAGCAUUACAAAUGAAAGGUAGACUCCGUAAUAAAUCAACAACAGUUACAUUCACAUCUUUCAAUUCAAUAUGUGAAAUAUGUAUUUAAAGGUCAUUUGAAAUGUAUUCUUUAAAUUCACCCAAAUAAUACAUUUGUAUGACGAACUUAUAUUAAAUGCAUGGUCCCAUAAAUACUUUGCUUGCAAAAAAUUGACACUGUCGAAGUCUUGUAAGAAUGAGCUCUAAAAAUGGAAAUUCUAUUUUAAAUCCCAGCUGUUCAAAAUCUAAAGCUUCACCUCAAAAACAGAGGUGCGUUUUUCCUCACAACUGAGGUAAUGACUUUAAUUUGGGGUUAAUGCACAGCGAAUAAAUGAAGAGGGAAAACUCAUUUCUGUUUUUGUCUCUUUCAGCCACUCUACCUCGAGGAGUCCUCGUCGACGAAGUGACAGCUCGGAGAGAGACGACUGA